ACAAGACGUGUAAUAGAUAGUCAGAUAAUAGGUGUAUUAUUUUUCGGUACUGAAGCAUUCGAUGCCGUAUGGAUCCUUACGAGUUGGCCAUCUGAUCAGUAGGUUUGUAUUUUUUCAUUGAGGAUUGUGCUUAAUUGUCUGUUUAACGAUGGGAGGCGGAGGACAAAGGCGCAGAUGGGAGUACUGGUGUGUUGCUCUGCGUUUCUCCUUGCUGCUGUGCUUCGUGGAGCAGGUUUCGGCUCAGAUAAGGUACUCUAUUCCAGAGGAGGUGAAAGAGGGAUCUGUUGUUGGAAAUGUUGCUAAGGAUUUGGGUCUUGACGUCAGUACUUUGUUGGAGAGGCGGUUUCGAAUCGUUUCUGGAUCUAAGGACGCUCUUUUCCAGUUAAAUCAGAACAAUGGCGUCUUGUAUGUUCAUAAGAAUAUCGACAGAGAGGAGCUCUGUGAAGGCACUGGCGCGUGCUUGAUAGACCUUGAAAUUGUCGUUGAAACCCCGCUUGAAGCCCAUUACGUAGGUGUAGAAAUCACAGAUGUGAAUGAUAAUUCACCUCAUUUUCCAGAAAAGGAACAGAAAUUUGAGAUAGCUGAGCAUACCCCUCCAGGUACACGGUUCCAAUUACAUGCAGCUCGUGAUCCUGAUGUUGGGAUGAAUUCAGUUCAUACCUAUAAAAUAACGUCUAACGAUAAUUUUGAAAUCGAUGUGCGGCAAAGCGACGAGGACAAAAUACCGUUUUUAGUUUUAAAGAAGUCGCUAGAUAGGGAACAAAACCACAACUACACGCUUCUCCUAACAGCGAUAGAUGGAGGUAUUCCUCAAAGAUCAGGCAUGCUAAAUGUUACAAUUGUUGUUCUAGAUAGUAAUGAUAACCGUCCCGUCUUUAGUCAGGAUACAUAUAAUGUUAGGAUACAAGAAAACGUUGGAGUUGGUACAGUUGUUAUUAGAGUAAAUGCAACUGAUGCAGAUGAAGGAAGUAAUAGUGAGGUUGAGUUCAGCCUGGGUAAAACCUUAAGGAGAAAAGUCUAUGAUAUGUUUGAACUGGAUAGGCUAACUGGAGACAUUAGAGUUAAAGGUGAGGUGGACUUCGAGGACACAGAGGUGUAUAAACUGGAUGUUCAGGCCUCGGACAAAGGACAACCUCCACUGACUGUGGAAUGUAGAGUGAUCAUAAAGAUAAUCGAUAUUAAUGACAAUGAGCCAGAAAUUGAUGUAACAUCCCUCUCUAAUACAGUUUCUGAAGAGUCCAAACCAGGAACUGUUAUUUCUCUCAUCAGUGUCACAGAUAAAGACUCUGGUAUUAAUGGUAAAGUGAUUUCAAUUAUAUCGGAGAAUAUACCUUUUGAAUUGAAGCCGUCAUAUAAAGAAAACGUAUAUUCUAUAGUCACAACAGGACGUUUAGAUCGAGAACGCGUCUCCCAUUAUGACAUCACUAUAACAGCCACUGACUGUGGUCAGCCUCCUCUGUCCACAUUCAAAACUCUGAGCAUCCAGAUAUCAGAUGUGAACGAUAACAGUCCAGAAUUCUCCCAAAACCCUAUUGAGCUGUACUUGGUGGAAAAUAACGCCCCUGGUGCCUCCAUAUUCUCUGUAAUCGCUUCUGAUAAAGACUUAAAUGAAAAUGCUGCUAUUUCAUAUCACACAAUUAGAGGAGAAGGGACACAGAACGAUAUGACAUCUUUCUUGAAUAUCAAUUCUGACAACGGACUUAUUUCCCAAAAGCCUCCUAACGCCGACUGGCGCUUCACCCAAGGCCAGAGACCUGGACCCAGUGUCAAACAGCUGCUGAAGAGAUUGGUGUGUGAAAACCAUCAGUCGUGUGCUCUCGAGGAAAUGCCCGUGUGCCUAAUACCUAUGUGUCUCUGUGAGAUCUCAGGUGUAGGGAAGCUCCAAGCCCUGAUGGCCGUGUGUCUCUAA